UGAAGACAUAACCAGAUUUAGACCACUGGAUGAAAUGAGCUCACAUAAUUACGUCUUUCUGAUGAGCAAUUUAACUAUAACACCACAUUUGAAACGCUAGUGCUCUUACAAAUCUUCCAAAGCGCUUUACUAACACGAAACACCGACCAAACGUGCAACGCCGUUAUAUCAAACAAACGCGUCCCACCAGUGAGCAGUAACUUGGCUUUGGCCAAUCAGCGACGGGUAUUGAUGCAAGUGACACACUCCCGCCAAUUCUGAUUUGGGAGCGCGAGGCAGGCAGCGGGGGUAUAGGGAGUAUGUGGGAGAUGCGGAAAGAGAAUGCGUGAUGUUUUAUGUGAAAUAAAUGAGAAAAUAUAUGUUUUAAAUAGCAACAAACUCUUUGGUUCGCUGUCGGGGGGCAUUUUCGGUUGUUUACGCCUCCUGUACCGUUGUUUUACCGAAGAAUAUCGCAAACGUGAGGAGCCCCGGUGUAGCGGUUGGGAUGUUGGCGGCGGAGAACCCACCAGUGGACGGACAUCUGACCGCUCCGACUCUCCGUAGAAGAGGGAUGGAUUGUAAAUCGAGGAAGAAUGCCAACAAGAAACUUAUCCAAGCUCGUCUCCCAUUCAAGCGCAUGAACCCUGAACCAAAAGAGAACCAGCCGCCUAAACGCCCCUGUGCACAUGCCUGCCCCAAACCAGGAGUCCCAGACAGGGAGAAUGACAAUGAGUCGUCUGCACUCCCUGUACACAGUGGACCACCCUUGGUUAAUGGCCGCGGGCCCCUUGAUGGCUUCCUGAGCCGUAGGCGCCCUGCACCAUCAGAUGAGAACAUGGUUAUAGAUCUGACCGAGGACAAUACCUCGUCUCCCAUGAAGUGCCUUAUUUCACCCGCCGCCGCCGCCUCUCCCUGCCUCCGAGCAAAAGACAAGCAUCAGGGCAAAGACAAAACUGCAUCCUCUGGGAAAUCCGGCAACGUGGAUCAUACUCCCAAAACACACACUUUAGACUGCACUGUAGACAGCGAGGAUGAGGAAGAUGAAGAGGUGGAGGAAGAAGAAGAAGAAGAAGAUGGUAAUCAGACAGCAUCUAAUUCACAGCUUGACUCAACGCAGGAUUCUGAAAGUGAGCCAGAAGAGCAGGAUGAGUCAGGAAACGUUUCCAGUUUAGGAAACCAGUCCAUGCUGUCGGCUUCAUCAGUCAGCUCCACAUCUGAAAGCUCACCAGAGGAGUCCAAGACUGAUGACCUCACACCCACUAGUACGCCUAAACAGCCAAAGACCACCCCCAAGAUACCAUCUGAUCAGAAAAACAUCAGAAGACACUCAUUGAAGAAUGAACAAGAGGAGAAACUCCGUCUGCGACAGGAGAAGGAACGCCAGAAGGAAGAGGCUAAAGCUGAAAAGAUGAAACAGAAGGAAGAGGCUCGCAAGCUUAAAGAUGAGCAAGAAAAGGAAAAACGAGAGAAAAAAGAAAAAGAGAAACGAGAGAAAAAGGAGAAGGAAGAUAAGGAAAAGGCAGACAAGCUGAAAGUGAAAGAGGAGAUGCGGAAAUCAAAGCUAGAGGCAAAGCUUGAAGAAAAACGGAAGAAAGAAGAGGAGAAGCAAAUGAAGGAAGAGGAGAAACGGUUGAAAGAAGAGAAGGAUCGCCUCAAAGCUGAGAAAGCAGAAAUUACACGUUUUCUGCAGAAAUCCAAGAUCCAACAGGCUCCAAAGACACUUGCAGCUGCGUGUGGGAAGUUUGCUCCAUUUGAGAUCAAAGAACACAUGGCUCUUGCACCACUGUGCCGGGUUCAGUGUGAGGACGCUGUCCUAGAGGAACUGGACCGGUGUUUGUUGAACCCUGCUGAUAACCUGAACGGACUGAAAGACUGGAUCGGGCCAAAACCCCGCAGCUCCGGACCCACCGACCCCAGACAGAGAGACUCGCUCUGCGAGUGUACAACAGCAGACGGGCCUAAACCAGACGGUGUGCCGGAUCGUAAACGUUGUGGACACAUGAAGCUGCUGCAGUUCCACGCAAACUACCGUCCAGCAUACUGGGGCACCUGGAGUAAGAAGAGCUCUCACAUCUCACCUCGCUGCCCCCUCAAACAAGACAAGGAUCUGUUCGACUAUGAGGUGGACAGCGAUGAAGAAUGGGAGGAAGAGGAACCAGGAGAAUCCCUGUCACACAGUGAAGGGGAAGAUGAGGAGGAAGGAGGUGAAGAUGAUGACGAUGAUGACGGCUUCUUUGUUCCUCAUGGCUACCUCUCAGACGAUGAAGGGGCUCCAGAAGAAGAGGAGGGCGGAGACCUGGAGAAGCAGAAACUACGGCAGAGAGUGAAAGCAAAGGAGUGGGAUGAGCUGAUGUCCACCAAGAAGAGGAUGAAGGUGCUGGACCCGGUGGUGAGGGGCUGCGUCUGGGAGGGAGAAGGACCUGGUGUGCAUCUCUUCCAGCCGUAUGCUUUGUGUCUGGUCGAGCCUUUACCCAAAGUAGACACCAGCCCCAGCCCAGAGGCCUUUUCACAGAAGCGUCAGAGGGAAGCACAAUUACUCGGUCAGCUGCUGCCUCUGCUGCACGGCAACCUCAACAGCAGCAAAGUGAUCAUCACGGAGUUCCAGGAGUUUUGUCGCCGACAGACGUCCUCUUCCUCCUCCUCGUCCUCACCUCCCAAACUGUCCAGUCCUCAGAGCCCAGCUGAAAACAUCCCCACCAGAAUACAAGUGAAGCGACUCAUCAAGAGCAAUGCUGUGUACGAGAAGCGCUCGACCUACAGACGCUGCUGCUGGUUCGUGCACACGGAGGUCCUGUCCCGCUGUGGGCAGGAGGCUCUUCCUGUUCCCUGCCACUGGACCUACCUCACCACCGGAGCUCGAGAAGAGUCCCGAGAAGAACCCCAGGCCGCCACGGGCUCUCAGGGGAACUCUCCCACUACCCCACAGACCUCCUCCACCACGUCCUCAUCCUCCAACAAGAGGAAGAGCACGGGCAGCAUGUCAAUCACCAAGUUCAUGAAGAAAUGCACUGAUCCAGAGCAGACGGAAGCAAUGGAGGCAGACGGUUUUCAAGCGGACACCGAGGAAGACGACGAGGAAGACUGUGUCAUCAUCGCCACACAGAGCGGCUCAACCACAAAGACCUCCUCCAGUGAGGGAGACUGUCUGAUGGAAGUCACCCCCUCUGACACGGCGGCUCUCCCCGUGGCCAGCGCUGCUCCAACACUCGCCACCGCCUGAGGAUAGUCCGGCUCCUCUGAUCAAGCCACUGUGUUUCCCCUCACAAGUGUCUCCCACCUGGUUCUGAACUCUACCGUGUCCCAGACACAAUCUUCAAGGGAAGCAGCACACUCUGAUACAGGCAACUCACAGCAGGUGACUUCUGCUCAGCAUCACAUUCUUUUUUUUUUUUCUUUUUUUUUUUUUUUAAAUGAGUCCGGAGUCAUCGUGCCUGUACGAUGUAGUUGUGCCUAAAAUCAGGACUGUCUGACUCGAAUAUUAAGGGCAGUUUUGUCCGAUGUUGAUUAACUAUGUAUGAUAUUUUGCAUUGAAGUGUCGGUCGGUCAUGUUGGUCGUGGGCCUCUUUAAAGUCUCUCUGGCACUGCUUUAGCUACGGCAGGUUGGGUUGAGCAGAGGGAGGAAGAGCAGAACGGAAAUGCCCAAAUGUUCAUGAGAAGAAGCAUUCAAGACAUCAAAAACACUGCGUUAUUUACGGUUCUUGAAAUGUUUGAAUCCAUGACGUUAUUGUGUUUGUGUGUGUAUGUAUAUAUAUAUAUGUAUGUGUGUGUA